AUUUGUGUUGCGAGGAGUGGGCGGGGCCAGUGGAGUCCGAGGAGAGCUCCUGUUACUGGAGUCCUGGCUCUGCAGAUCGCCGCUCGCUGUCACGGAGGAGCUCGCGCACGUACACGGGGCGCCUCGCGCACACUCACCGACUCUCUCUGCUCGGCUGCGGCAGAGCUCGGGGGGCGCCAUGCUGCCGGAUGAUGGAAGCGGAGCAAGAUGUGUCGGUUAGAGAGCAGCUCUUCCACGAGUGGGUCAGGGAAUGCAUCAUCUGCACCCUGCUUUUCUCAUUCCUCUAUCUCCUCUCGUAUAUGGUCAUCACAAAGUUCAAAAAGCAUGCUGACUUUACAACAGUUGAUGUUGAAGAUGCAGCUGUCAACAGGAUUGCACUCUGGAUGUGCACUUUCACUCUUGCUGUGUCCGUGGGUGCUGUGCUACUCCUGCCAUUCUCCAUCAUCAGUAAUGAAAUUCUACUCUCCAUGCCGCACAAUUACUACAUCCAGUGGCUGAAUGGCUCCCUCAUACAUGGUCUGUGGAAUCUGGUGUUCCUCUUCUCCAACCUAUCUCUUGUCUUCUUGAUGCCAUUCGCCUAUCUUUUCACAGAAGCUGAAGGAUUUGCUGGAUCUAAAAAGGGAGUCAUGUCCAGGGUCUAUGAGACCUCCGUGGUUUUACUGCUUCUUACGCUUCUCGUCUUCGGCAUUGUCUGGGUGGCAUCUGCAAUAAUUGAUGAUGAUUCGGCUGGACGUGAAUCUCUUUAUGAUCUCUGGGAAUACUACCUCCCAUACCUCUAUUCUGGCAUAUCACUCUUUGGAGUCCUGCUUCUGUUGUUGUGCACACCUUUCGGCUUGUCUCGGAUGUUUUCAGUCACUGGAAAGCUUCUUGUUAAACCUCGGCUUCUUGAGAACUUGGAGGAACACCUGAGCUGCACAGCAUUCGAAGAAGCUGCCCUAUCGCGCAAGAUAUCUGCUAAAGCAUCCUGCUGGCUGAACCUCAACAUGGAGGCAUUGCAGAAAAGACUUCUUGCCAUACAGAGCCAUAGGAUAACACUUGAGAUGAGGAGACGAGCAUCACCCUGGCAGAGAAAUCUUGUUUACCCUCUUGCUAUGUUAUUACUCCUGGCUCUCACAGGGCUUUGUGUGCUGAUUGUUUGCUUCCACGUCUUGGAGCUUCUCAUCGAUGAAGCAGCGAUGCCAAAGGGAAUGCAGGACUCCCGCCUUGGCAAGGUGUCUUUCUCUGUCUUCGGUUCCUUUGGGGCAGCUAUGCAAGUCAUCCUUAUAUUCUACCUGAUGGCUUCCUCUGUAGUGGGAUUUUACAGUUCUCCUAUUUUCAUCAGACUUCUGCCACAGAAACAGGACACUGCCAUGACCAAAAUUAUUGGGAACUGUGUUUCUCUCCUCAUACUGAGUUCUGCUCUCCCUGUCUUCUCCAGGACUUUGGGUAUUACCAGAUUCGAUCUCCUCGGUGACUUUGGACGUUUUAACUGGCUUGGAAACUUUUACCUAAUCUUCCUGUACAAUAUGCUGUUUGCCGGCCUCACCACACUUUGCCUCGUAAAGAAGUUUACCUGGGCUGUGCAGGCAGAGUUAAUCCGUGCGUUUGGACUGGACAGACUGCCUCUAUCGGUCAACAAAACCUUCAAUCAAGGAAAGGGGAAAACCUGAUUUAAUUUUCCAGGAAUUCAAAAUGUAGCCAGCAAAUGGGCAAUGGAAAGGUAGCCCUAAGAUGUUGAUUAUUUUUUUUUUCUUUUAGUGGCCAUAGCAUGAACGUAGAAGGUUAUGAAUUUGUUCGUAGAAUUUCUUUUAAGAUAUAUGAGCUGUGGAAAACAUCUUGGGACAAACCUAUUUGGUUGGACACUACUCAUUUUGGAUGUAUCAGACUGAAUUGUCCAGAAUUAAUUCUAGAUUUUGAAUCUAGAAGACAACAAUGUCUGCGGAUGAGCCCACACUCCCACCUCUACUGGAGAAAUCCGAUCUCACUUAACAAGGGUGAGCCAUUUCCCCCACACAUUAAACAAUUUCUGCUGCUAAAGACAAUUUGAGUGGGUGACAAUCAGUCUUGUUUCAAAUAUGGCUCUUCAAACUUGUGAAAUGAGCAGCCUCAGUACUGCUCAUCAACCCUUGAUUCAUAAAACUUUUGGGAGGACAUGAGACUUUUUUAUGAUGUUGGUGGACAAACCAUAUCGGACACUAAAGACCUUUAGAAAGAAACCCUAAAUGGAUAAUUAAGUCUCUUCCUCUCCCUGCUUGUUUACACUCCAGCCUUUGGGGACUUUUUUGUUCUCAUCUCACGGGAUUCAGUGCCGGGUCCGUGCAAUGAUACAAAAGCAAACCAGCGUUAUCUCACCUUAUAGACUGAAUCAAGCUUCUGUCCCCUUCAUAAAGAGGACUGUAGCGCCAUUCUGUUUACGUGCUGUUAUGUGUCUGUCAUUAGGAGUGGGAUAUGUAUUCUGUCUGUUUCUGUGAAUGUGUUUGGAUUUGUGGAGGUUUGUGUCAUAAACACUACAAGUGGAUAAAUGGGAAAUCUGCUGGAAUGAGAACAAACCCCAAUUUACCAGUCUUGUCUUUUGAAAGCUGGGCAGAUUCCUUUUGGGAGUGUUCUGCAGUAUUUUAUAAUGUCUCCAUUAUUUUAGUGAUGUUCUGUGUUGCAUUGGUAUGUAAACUAUGCUUAUUGUGUUACGAUGUGCGUAGAGUGCAUGAAACAAAUGAAUGGAUUACAUAAGUUUAAAUGUGGAUUGUACAUGUGACGAAGGGUAGUAUUACCACUUAACUUGGGUUCCAUGGUUCUAAUAUAUGUUUUGUAAGUCUUUUACACACCAGGAAUUCUUGCCCAUCUCUAGGAAUUUUACACUUGUGCGGAAACCACACUUCUCUCUGGCACCUUCUUAUCACAAUUUGUUGAUCUUUGUCAUGCUAAAGAAAUAUUGUCUUUUAGAAGUCUGAGACUUGAGUCUGCAAACUGUAAAUCUUUGUCUACACCUCCAUACUCCAUCAGAUGGUUCUAGUGUUUUUUGGUGCCUGUAGUUUGAAUAGUGAUCUGUUCCACUGGGUUUUAAUUUUUAACUGUUUAACUUUAGUUUGCAAUCAAUAGCACAUUCUGUGCCUAGGGAAUAAAAACACACGCUUUCAUUGCAAUAGUUUGAGUGUGUGUACACCCUUUACUAGAAAAGUGUAUUGCAGGAAAGGAAGUUUUGUCCAUUUUAAAUGCGCUUUAUUGCAUUGUACGUUCAUCUGAAAUACGGGGAUCACAAAUCUAACCACGUGAAAACGUAAUAUCUUUGGUCAAGAUAGACGAAUGUAGGCCUGUGGCUAAUAACUGUGAUUCUGUAGUCCAGUGAUGGAUGAACGAGGUAUCCAAGAUGUUUGUAAACUGUAGACUGGCAAAGCAUCAUGGGAAAUUCAGUCACAAAUAUCAAGGCUUCCAAGGGUAUAUAUAUAUAUCACUGCUCUAGUUUUUCAAUAUGUGACUAUGAAUGGAAUCUGUAGUGAUGCCUUUAUACACAUUAGUCAUUCACAAAGUGUAAUUAGAUUAUUUUUUAUACUGGAGCAGAGUAUGUAAUGAAAUAUAGUCCAUAUUAAAUAUUUUCUAGGUAGUUUUCAGCACCUUAAGUGUCUUCACCUCAUCCCUAUAGCAAAUGGAAUGCAGCAUUUAGUUUCCAAAGACUUUUUCGUGGUAGAAACGUUAGAUGUAGGCAGAACUUUGAACCCACCGAGUGGCAGUGUUUUUCAACAUGUGUAGCUCACUACCAUGACCUUAAUUUCACAACUGUCUUCCUAGCUGAUGCACUGUGUACUUAUUCUAAAAGAGCGUGUGAUGUUUGUGUUGCUGUAUCCUGACGUAUACCCUUAUGCCUAUGCCCAGUAUAGCCAAAUGUAGAUCCACAUCUGUUGUAGAACUAAAAGACUGUGAAAACUUAAUAAGAGCUAUAGUUCGACAACAGCUGGGAUCAACUAUUUGGGUCUGUGGGUAAGCUGCCUGUGAAAUUAUUUUAUUAUUUUUUUGCUAAAUAUUGUGUUUUUGUUUAUUAAGAUUAUUUUAUUGUGAGGAGAGAAAAAAGUUAAGUAUUGUUAAAUAGCAAGAAAAUAAAUACAUUCUAUAUUGGUAUCAAUUGAAAAAAAAAUGUAAUCUGCAGUAUCAUUCAAUAAAAUAGUAUUGAGGUAAAGGUUAUGUUUUAAUUUAGCUGGCGUUUUUAAGGUUUUAUAGCAUUUCAUUUUUGUUACAUUGCCUGUAGGUCAUUUUUGACACUGUCUGCUUUAACGUAUGAUGAGACAAUGCUCAGUCAUGUGAAAACGUUGGCUAGCAUUUUUUAAGAUGGAGUGAUAACUGUGACCUGCCUCUAAAUGUCCUAUAAUCUCAUAUAAGUUAUGUCCUGUUCCACUGUGUGCUGCAGGCAGCUCCCAGUGUGUAUUAUUGUGACUAUACAGCCCACUUAGAUGGUCAUCCAACACAGGACGGGGCAGUGUACAUGGGCGCUGCCAAGAUAAAUGGGCACUGCAGCUGUCUGCAGAAUAAUGUAAUCUGAGUUUGAUGUGUUAUGGACUCUUGUGAAUGAGAUUAUUGUACUUGUGUGGGGGAAGUUUAAAAUAUUUUUUAUAAUUAAAAGCGCCUCUUGUUUUUA